AUGCCGCUGGCCUCCUUUCCCAGCACCUUCAAUUUGACCGAAUUAAAGAAGGCCUUCUUUCCUGACUUGUUCAAUACCCCCGAUCACCAACAGUACGUCGGCCGCAUCCCCGAUUUGGAAUUUUACGAUCCCGAUGGUAUGAUGGCCAAAAAGAAAGACGAACUGACUCGUUGGCAUGCGGACCAAGUCCGUCGUAAUGUCAUGUUCAAUUUCAAGCAAGAAAUGAUCGAUUAUUGCAAGUCGGAUGUGGCUCUCUUGAAAGCAGGGUGUGAAGCCUUUCAGCAAGAAUUCGAACGGCAGGCUGGCUUCAAUCCCAUGGCCAAGUGUAUGACCAUCGCCAGUGCCUGCAACUUGUAUUGGCGCAAGCAUCAUUUGACCCCCGACACCAUUGCUGUCGAACCUCUGGGUGGCUGGCGAGGGGCCCAAGUCAACCAAUCCCUCAAGGCCCUACAAUGGUUGUACUACCAGGAACAUCAAAUUCCCAAGCAGGGGGCCAGCGGCUGUCCCCGCUGUUAUCCCAACAGGCAAGCCAAACAUUAUGCUGUGCCGGACAGAAGCGUGGAGGAACUCUAUCAGGCCACGCUCUCCAAACGUAUGGCUCUGCUCCGAGCGGGUUACACGGUGAUCGAAAUGUGGGAGUGUGACUGGGACCGACUGGUCGACAACGAGCCUGCCGUGUCUCAGUUUCUUGGUUCCUUCGAUCUGGUCGCACCCCUGGAACCCCGCGAAGCCUUUUUUGGAGGUCAAACCGGUGCCGUAGCCCUGCAUGCCGUAGCUGGGGAGAAUGAAGAGAUACGCUAUGUGGAUGUCACCUCCCUUUACCCAUGGGUCAACAAAAACUGUCCUUACCCCAUCGGUCAUCCACGGAUCAUCACUCAGCCCGCCGACCAGUCCCUGGAAUCCUAUUUUGGUCUGGCCACCGUGGAUAUUCUUCCCCCCGCUGGUCUGUUCCACCCCGUCUUGCCCGUACGCAGUGGCCAAAAGCUCACGUUUCCACUCUGUUGCACCUGUGUCCUGGAGGAGCAGGCCCAAUCCAUGUUGACCAAAACCCAUUAUUGCCCUCAUUCUGACGCGGAUCGUACACUUCGCGGGACCUGGUGCACGCCCGAGCUCGUCAAAGCCGUCAAAAAGGGUUACACCCUGAUCAAGAUCGACGAAGUAUGGCAUUUUCCCCCCGAGCAACGCCAAACGGGUCUUUUUGCCAACUACGUGAACACCUGGCUCAAGUUAAAACAAGAAUCGGCGGGGUGGCCCAGCUGGUGUCAGACCCUCGAGCAGAAACGCGACUACAUUCUUCAUUACCAGGAGCGGGAGGGUAUUCGUCUGGACAUCAGCAGCAUUGUCAAAAACCCCGGUCGUAAGGCCACCGCCAAGCUCAUGCUGAACAGUUUCUGGGGCAAAUUCGGGUAGCGGAUCAACAAACCCACCACCGUCACUGUCAAGGACCCCGCUCAUUUGUUCAGGCUCAUCUCCGAUGCUGCUCUCGAUAUCAGCACACUCCGCCUCUGUACCGACGACAUCUUGGAGGCUGUCUACACCAGUGUCCACGACAAUGCGGUCAAAGGCACUAAGACCAACAUUCUUGUGGCGGCUUUCACCACCUGUCAUGCUCGGCUCAAGCUCUACGAGUCCCUAGACACCCUUCAACAGCAAGUGCUCUACUAUGAUACGGAUAGUGUCGUGUACAAGUGGCGUCCCGGCCAACCCAGCAUUGCCACCGGGGAUUUUCUGGGGAAGAUGACGGAUGAAUUGGACGGAGACGUCAUCACCGAGUUUGUUUCCGGGGGCGCUAAGAAUUAUGGGUACCAGACCCGUGGAGGCAAAGUGAUGUGCAAGGUACGCGGUUUCACCUUGAACGUCCGCGGGUCGGCUAUUCUCAAUUUCCGUACGAUGAAAGAGAACAUUCUC